UAUUAAAGGAAAUAAAAUAUGUUAUAACUAUGAAAAAGAACGAUUAAGAUAAAUUCAUAAACAUAAUCUAUAGAUAGCACAACCUUUAAGUAUAUUACUUAAAAACAAUUAACAGUUAGAACUUAAAUGGAAAGGUUAUAAUAAAACUAAAAUAAGAAACUCUAAUUAUAAGAAGAGAGAUUUACUGAAAUUGAAAGGGAAAAUCGUAUCUUACUAGAAAAAAUUCAAAAUAUCAUGAGUAAUUUUCCAAUCUCUAACUAGAUAAUGAGCGCAAAAGAGCCACUUCUAAUUGGUAAAAUAGCAAUCAACCUGCUGCAAAUUUCAAUUAAUCUUAAUCAGUUCAUAGGAGAUAAUCACUCAAUAAAGAAAAAAGGAAGAAAGAGUUAGUUAGAAUCACAAUUGAAAAUGAAAGAUUAAUGAACAGAUUAGUAACCAAAAAACCCAAUUAUAAUACUAAAGUGAUAUUGAAGCAAACCUCAAAACAAUAAUAGUUGGUCUAAUAGAUAGCUGAAUAUCCACUUAAAAGGUCUAGAAUCCAUAGUUCCUAUAAGUAGAAGAGCAUUGAUCUAUCAAGUAAUUAAAAUACUUCAUAAAAGAGAGUAGUUUUAUCGGUUAUUUACCUACUUAGCCUAAUUAAACACCAAAUAAUUAACCAUCAAGGAAAGUUAUGCUUUAUAAAUAGAAUAAAAAAAUCAAUGAUAAAUAGUAUUACAUAGAGGUGUUCUAUGAAGAUGAGUAAAUAUUACAAAUAUUCAUACUAGUUUAUUUAAAAUUACUGUUGAUGACAAAGAAUGUCCAAAUACAAAAGUUUUUGAAAUGCCUUAGGAAGAUGGCUAAUUAGUUUUGAAAGAGAUUUAUAAUAACAACAUCUUAUAAUUAGUAGAAGCUAUAAAUGUUGAUCAGAACAUUCAUCUUGCAGGAUUGGAAUAAUUCGAGGAAUCUCAAUGA